ACAACAAUAACAAAGUACUUAAUUCUGGUGUGCACGAAAAAUAUUAUUGUGUUAGAAAACCUAUUGCUGAAGUGAAAAUCUGUGUCCAGCUGUAGCCGUUGUUGUUGUCAAAUUAUUAUUAUUAUUAUAAUAAUUACUGGUCGGUAAAAGCGAAGCGGGCUGCGAUAAUAUUAUUUUGGCGGUGGAUAAAAACGUACAAUACCGUAGAACGGAAAAAGUCGCCAAUCUUUGUUUACAAUAUUAUUAGAAUAUAUCCGAUUUUCAGAUCGUGCUACAAAACCGGCGUUGUCCGAAUUUAAUUAAAUUGGCCGAAAAACAACAAAGCAACACACCGAAAAUGUUGCGGCACCGGAUAAAAUAAUAAUAUCAAUCAUCGGGCCAACAAUAAUAUAUUGUAUUAUAUCAACAUCGCAAUAGGAAAAAAAAAAAAGUAAUAAUAAUGAAGCGGUAAACCACAAGCAACGACCGCCGCCUUAGUUAUUUGGACUUCGAAUACAAUAAAAAGUAAGGAGGCCAAAUAAUACGGGAUGGAUCCAAUGGCUAUGAUCGGACCGCAGUACAAUAAUUUAAUGCAGAAUGGUCCUCCAGAAGAAUCAAAACUCGCUACUUACAUGAAACGUCAAAAUAAUGGAUCUCCUCAAUCGGCCUUAUUCCAAUCUUUAUCAAAAAACCUCUCAAAUUUAGAAGUAAACCAAUCAAUGAAAAAGGCGUCCAUAUCGACGGUUGAUUUCGUACCUAGAAAUCUAGUUAGUUCGUUAAAUAUUCCUGACGGUUCCUCGUUGUAUGCUAAAGAAAAAUCUCAGGCAAUACAAGCAUACCAGAAAAACGUCAACGGCACCACGUAUUUUUAUCCUCCGGACACGAACGGUACAAAUUCAGUUAACAAUACCAUUUAUGACGAUACUUCUGGCUACUUAUCGAUGCCACCGUCUGUGGAAUCGCCGACUGCUGGACUGUACGCACAGGACGACCUCAGAAGAGAUUUAUUGCAUAGAAACUCGCUGUCGAUAGCAUCCCCCGAUUCUAAUCAAUGGCCAGAUUUACCAGAAAGUAUCGAAGACUAUCAUGAAGUGUAUCCUUUGGAUAACUACGGCCACUCGUCAAAAAUAACGACAUUCAAUACUUCCACGUAUCGAGCGACAAAUUCUAAAACCGGCGACAAAUGUUGCUUGAAGCGUAUACACGGUUUUCGGCAACCAAUUACAAAGCUCAGUCCGCUGGUGGAAGCUUGGAAGAAAAUCAGCCACGCUAAUAUAGUUCAAUUAAAGGACGUGUUUACGACGAAAGCUUUCAACGAUAGCUCAUUAAUAUUCGCCUAUAAUUAUCAUGCGGAUUCCGAUACGUUGCAAAUCAGACACUUUAACACUCACGAGACAAUGAAUGGGUACAACGAUCCGUUUAGUUCGGAUCCGAAUGCACCGAGGCCAUACAGUCAUACGAAAAACGCAAUUUUACGCCAUCAGCAUAGUAAUGGACUGUUGUCGGAAAGUACAUUGUGGAAUUACGCUAUACAGUUGAGUGGCGCACUAAGAGUAAUUCAUGGAUCUGGUUUAGCGUUACGAGGCCUCGAAAUGAACAGAGUCCUGGUGACCGGCACCGUCAACUCCAGGGCAAGGCUGAGAAUCAAUUGUGUUGCCAUAAUGGACGUUUUAAUGAACGACAUGGCCACUUCGAAUAUAAUAAGCCAUUUUCAACAAGAAGAUUUAACAGACUUUGGCAAAUUACUAUUAGCGUUGGCUUGCCGAUCGCUAAUAGCCGUUCAUCCUGAUAAUUUAGCUACUUCCAUUGAACUAAUGGCUCGUACUUAUAGUAGUGAUAUUCGUAAUUUGAUAAGGUAUUUACUGAGCAGUCAAAGAAGACACAUUACAGAAUUAAUGCCGAUGAUUGGUGCGCGAUUUUACACGCAACUAGACGCUGUGCAAAAUCACUCGGACACGUUAGAAAACGAAUUGUCCAAAGAAAUGGAAAACGGACGUCUUUUCCGGUUGUUGGUGAAACUUGGAUCGAUAAAUGAGCGGCCAGAAUUUAACCUAGACCCGUCUUGGUCAGAAACCGGCGAUCGCUACAUGCUGAAGUUAUUCCGAGAUUACUUGUUCCAUCAAGUGACAGAAGACGGUCGUCCGUGGUUGGAUAUGGCUCAUAUCGUACAGACCCUCAAUAAACUUGACGCUGGAUCGACGGACACUAUUUGUUUGUAUUCUCGCGACGAAAAGACUAUUUUGGUUGUUAGCUACCAAGAGUUGAAACAGUGUUUAGAACAGUCGUUUUGCGAGAUCGCUUCGGUAGCUGCAUCCGAAGAUAACAUAAAGGCUGAAUAACAUUCUUAUUUUAGUCUCUGAUUGAGGCUAAAUUACGAAUAAAUGAACGCUUAGUCCACGUACUUAAAUUUAUAAUUUCAGAGUUUAAUUGAUUACCUGAUAGAAACACAAAUAUUUACAUGGCCGAAUGCUUAAAAAUACUUAUUUACAAACAUUUGAGUUGUUCUUUUUUUUGUUUUUCUUCUUCUAAUUUUGCUUUUAUACAUUUAUUUAUUUUCAAAUUUUAUUCCUUUUGCAACAUUCCAAUUUUGAGUAAUUGCUUUUAUAAAUGUUUCCAUCGUAAUUAAAUUCACAACAGAUAUACCUCCGUUUAUCUUUUGGCCGUGCAUUUAUUUAUUUAUAUAAUAAUAAUGAUCUUAAAGCAAUAAUAAAUUUAUCGUGGUUUCAACUCGCAGAUCAAUCAAUAAUUUAAAAUUUAGUGAAAAUUGUAUUUACAAACUAUUUGUUUUUCGUUUUUUUAUUUUUUUAUUUUUAUUACAAGUUAAUGCCAACAAAAUAUAUAUUUAAUAGCCGUAAAUUAAUUAUUUUUCAUUAAAUUCUGUACAUUUUUCAGCAUAUAUUUUUAAAAUAUUAUUAAAAUUAAAAAAAAAAACCAAUAAA